CUCGGCUGCGCGCCCUCGCCCAGUUCUCAGCCGCCGCUCUGCCCCGCAGCAGCCAGCCCCGUCUCCGGCAGCAUGUUCAGCUGGGUCAGCAAGGAUGCCCGCCGCAAGAAGGAGCCGGAGCUCUUCCAGACGGUGGCAGAGGGACUGCGGCAGCUGUACGCGCAGAAGCUGCUGCCCCUCGAGGAGCACUACCGCUUCCACGAGUUCCACUCGCCGGCGCUGGAGGACGCUGACUUCGACAACAAGCCCAUGGUGCUGCUUGUGGGCCAGUACAGCACGGGCAAGACCACCUUCAUCCGGCACUUGAUCGAGCAGGACUUCCCUGGGAUGCGCAUCGGGCCCGAGCCCACCACCGACUCCUUUAUCGCGGUCAUGCACGGCCCCACAGAGGGCGUGGUGCCUGGCAACGCGCUGGUCGUCGACCCGCGGCGCCCCUUCCGGAAGCUCAACGCCUUCGGUAACGCCUUCCUCAACAGGUUCAUGUGUGCCCAGCUGCCCAACCCGGUCUUGGACAGCAUAAGCAUCAUCGACACUCCUGGGAUCCUGUCUGGGGAGAAACAGCGCAUCAGCAGAGGGUACGACUUCGCGGCUGUCCUGGAGUGGUUUGCCGAGCGCGUGGACCGCAUCAUCCUGCUCUUCGAUGCCCACAAGCUGGACAUCUCCGACGAGUUCUCGGAAGUCAUUAAGGCCCUCAAGAACCACGAGGACAAGAUCCGCGUGGUGCUGAACAAGGCUGACCAGAUCGAAACCCAGCAGCUGAUGCGGGUGUAUGGGGCCCUCAUGUGGUCCCUGGGGAAGAUCAUCAACACCCCUGAGGUGGUCCGGGUCUAUAUCGGCUCCUUCUGGUCCCACCCGCUCCUCAUCCCCGACAACCGCAAGCUCUUCGAGGCCGAGGAGCAGGACCUCUUCAAAGACAUCCAGUCUCUGCCCCGGAACGCCGCCCUCAGGAAGCUCAAUGACCUGAUCAAGAGGGCGCGUCUGGCCAAGGUCCACGCCUACAUCAUCAGCUCCCUCAAGAAGGAGAUGCCCAACGUCUUCGGUAAAGAGAGCAAAAAGAAAGAGCUGGUGAGCAACCUGGGAGAGAUCUACGCGAAGAUCGAGCGGGAGCAUCAGAUCUCCGCCGGAGACUUCCCAAGCCUCCGAAAGAUGCAGGAACUGCUGCAGACCCAGGACUUCAGCAAGUUCCAAGCCUUGAAACCCAAGCUGCUGGACACAGUGGAUGACAUGCUGGCCAAUGACAUUGCCCGGCUGAUGGUGAUGGUUCGUCAGGAGGAGUCCCUGAUGCCCUCCCAGGCCGUGAAGGGUGGCGCCUUUGAUGGCACCAUGAACGGGCCCUUUGGGCAUGGCUACGGCGAGGGGGCCGGUGAAGGCAUCGAUGACAUCGAGUGGGUGGUGGGCAAGGACAAGCCCACCUAUGACGAGAUCUUCUAUACGCUGUCACCUGUCAACGGCAAGAUUACAGGUGCCAAUGCCAAGAAGGAGAUGGUGAAGUCCAAGCUGCCCAACACGGUUCUGGGGAAGAUCUGGAAGCUGGCCGAUGUGGACAAGGACGGGCUGCUGGACGAUGAGGAGUUUGCCCUGGCCAACCACCUCAUCAAAGUCAAGCUGGAGGGCCACGAGCUGCCCACCGACCUGCCUCCACACCUGAUCCCACCCUCCAAGCGGAGGCUCGAGUGACCAGCAGCCCCUACCUGCCCAGCCAUCUCAGUGCCCAGCCAGGCAGAGACUGGGGGGAGGGGAUGGGUCACCAGUUCUCAAGGUCCAUAAAGACUGAGUGGCUGUUUCCUCAGCUCUUGAAAAGGAAAACCACCAUCUUUCUUUUAAGGCUGUUCCUGGGCCCAGUAAGGGAGGCAGGGGUCAUGCUCAUAUGUGAAUGAUGGAAUUUUAUGCACAAGAACUAUGGAUAUUUUUAAUAUAUAACGUUAGAGGCAGCCUUCUUUCUUGCCUCCCCCUCCGCCUGGUGGCCCCUCGCCCACACGCACACAGCCUCUGUUCUCUGUCCUUGCCCCGCUCUGCCUAUGCAGCACAUCCUGCCACCGUGACCACUCCGGGCUCGCCCCUCCUGGCAGCUGCCAGGCCCUGGGGCUGUGUGGACAGGAACGCCUGGUCACGUAUGUUUGUAAGCCGAGUCGCUCCAUCGGGCCAGGGGCUUCCUCCCCGUGCCCCCAGAGUCAGUUGGUUCUUGUGCCUUCCCCUGCCCUGGGCCCUGCACACAGGCCCUGCUCCGCUCUCACGUCCUCCCGCCCCUCGUUCGGCAGUCACAGAAGCAAGGUCCAGCUACCUGUUUUGGGGUGGUUUAAGGGAAUGGGCGGGUGCGAGAGAACAUCUUCCAGAAAAAUAUAUAAGCUACUUUUGGUUCUGAGAAGUGACACCUUUUAUACUUGACCGAAUUUUCCAGUAACUUCCCAACCACUUGUUCUGAAGCUGUGAUUUUUGUCUCUUUUCCCACACUCCAACCAAGGAGCAGCUCUACCCAGGAGCCGUUAGACAUGGGUGCAUGCAGAGCUCACCCGGCCGGGGACCCCAGAGGUGGUGUUUCCUGCCGCACCCUCUCACUUUCCUGGAACAUUCUGGUGCAUCUCUGCCCCACCUUUGAGUGGGCAGGAGGUCCUCAUGAACCUGGUAUGGCUUGGUGCUCCAGCCCCACCCAGCCUAGUGGCCAGACAGAGACCAGGGACAACCCAGCCCCCUCCCUCUGUCAUCCCCCCAUUUCCCGUGGAAGCCCUCUCCUGCUUUCCUCCUGUUGAGCAAAGAAGGGCAGCACGUGACUUGGCUGUCCUUGGAACAACCCCUUCCCCAGGCAGAGCGAUAAACACGAGCCAGCAAGCAGCCCGCUCAGGCCUCCUCAGUUCUGCCUCAGCCAGGCUGUCCAAGCACAGCCUCAGGCCUGGAUGUACUUGUUGGCCAGUGGUUGCUGCCGAGGCCUAGAGCCAUCGCAGAGCCACUGUGGCAGGGACUCCUCCGCUGACCUCUUGAACCCCCGCGUACCUCCCAGUGCUGUCUCCAGGCCUCUAUCGGCUGGGUCUGAGUGGCCAGGAACUGGCCUGGUCCCGUCCAGCCAGCCUUGGCCCAACGUUCCAUAUGGUAUUAGGUGAGGAUGGAGACGCAGCGACGAGAAUUCAGUUUCAGGUGCAGUGGCUUAUCCACGCUUAACCUGUGGGAAGAAAAAGCAACUAAGACGAGACUUUUUUUCUUGCAUUAAAAAGUUUAAUUGUGCCAAA